AUGAAACGACAACGGGUCUGGGGCGACUCGCCCAUUGACAACGACAUUCCGCGCGGCCCGACCGGCGGCGACCGCGGCGGCUACGGUGGCGACCGUGGUGGCUACGGUGGCGACCGUGGCGGCUACGGUGGCGACCGUGGCGGCGACCGUGGAGGCUAUGGCGGCGACCGUGGUGGCGACCGUGGCGGCGACCGCGGCGGCUAUGGCGGCGACCGUGGCGGCGACCGCGGCGGGUACGGCGGCGGCCGCGGCGGCGACCGCGGCGGGUACGGCGGCGGCCGUGGCGGCGACCGCGGAGGUUACGGCGGUGACCGCGGCGGGUACGGCGGCGACCGUGGCGGCGACCGUGACGGCGGGUUUGGCGGCGGAUACCGCCGUGGCGGCGGCGAGGACGACGGCGACCGGUUCCGCAACCUGGUCAACCCGGACGACUGCCCGCACGAGCCGCCGUUCAAGAUCUACGUGGGCAACCUGGAUUACUACUGUGAGGAGCAGGAUGUGCGCGCAUUCUUCGAGGACGCCGGAACCCGCCCGAUUUCGGUGGCGCUCCCGCGCGACCACGUUGAGGACCGCAUCAAGGGCUUUGGCUACGUCGAGUUUGAGUCACGCGACGACCUCGUCAAGGCUGUCCAGCUCUCGGGCGAGCCGAUGCGUGGCCGCUCGCUGAAGAUCGAUCUUGCCGAGAUCCGCGAGCAGGACCGCCGCCGGUACCAGGCGCGGACGGAGAUGUCGUCGGACUGGCGCUCGGCGCCGCGGUCCCGCCCGGCGGGCGACCGCGGGUUUGAUCGCGGCGGCGAUCGCGGUGACCGCGGCGACCGCGGCGAUCGCGGCUUUGACCGCGGUGGCUUUGACCGCGGUGGCUUUGACCGUCGUGGCGGCGACCGUGGCGGCUUUGGCUCGCGCCCGUCGGGCGGCGAGCGCAAGCGCCUCCAGCUUGCCCCGCGCACCAAGCCGCUGCCCAAGGACAACGUCGUCCCGCCGCCGGCCGACUACAAGAAGGCCAAGAGCAAUCCGUUUGGCGCCGCCAAGCCGCGUGACGAGCGCGCUGUUCUCGAGGCCAAGGCUCGCGAGCGUGCUGAGCGCGAGGCUCGUGGCGAGAAGGUCCUCAACACCAAGACCUCCCGCGUCUACUCGCAGCGCCGCCACGAGGACGGCCCUGGCUCGGACCAUGCCGAGGGCGACGCCCCGCAGCCCGCCAACGACGACGCUGCCACCACCACUACCACCACCACCUCGGCCCCGGCCGACGAGUAA